AUGAAAAAUCAUCUUGCUGGAACCCAUAUCCAAGUUAAGCCAUGUAGUCAAGUUCUCGAAGAUGUUAAGAUGAAAUUUCAAGAGUUGUUGGUAGCAAAGAAAGUUAAUAAGGAUGAUGAUGAUGAUAUGGUUGACAUUUUUAAACAGCAAGAUGUUAAUCCAAAUACGGUGGGAGAUUAUGGAAGGGGAUUGAAACCUCCUACUUAUCAUGAAGCAAGAGUUUCUUAUUUGAAGAGAGAGGUUGAUCUUGUGGGAGAAAAACUUGGAAAGUAUAAAAAUGAGUGGAAAAAGAAUGGUUGCACAUUAAUGUCAGAUGGGUGGACGGAUGGAAAUGGUAGAUCACUGACUAACUUUCUUGUCAAUAGUCCAAGUGGGACAGUUUUUUUGAAAUCUAUUGAUACCUCCGAAUUUAUAAAAAAUGCUCAAAAAAUGUUUGAGUUACUUGAUAGUGUUGUGGAGGAGAUAGGAGAAGAGCAUGUUGUACAAGUGGUAACUGACGGAGCAUCCAAUUAUGUAGCUGCCGGUAGAAUGUUAGAAGAGAAAAGGAGAAAGCUAUUUUGGUCUCCUUGUGCGGCUCAUUGUCUUGACUUGAUUCUUGAGGAUAUUGGAAAGAUUGCGGUAUUCUAUGACACCAUUGCAAAAGCCAAGCAAGUCACAAGUUUCAUUUAUAGGCAUACAUGGGUGCUUAAUUUAUAUAGAAAAUUUUCAAAGGAUAAAGAGCUAGCAAGACCGGCAGUAACAAGAUUUGCAACAUCUUUUCUCACAUUGAGUUGCAUUAUGGAUAGUAAACUAGCUCUUAGGUCCAUGUUUGCAUCAGAAGAAUGGGCAAAUAGUACACAUGCUACUACAAUUAAGGGGAAAAAAGUGGUGGAUAUUAUCUUGAGUGAUACAAGAUUUUGGAAAUCCAUCCAAUUUGCCUUGAAAUGUGUGGAUCCACUAGUGGAGGUUUUGAGGCUUGUAGAUGGUGAUGCGAAACCAGCAAUAGGAUACAUCUAUGAAGCCAUGAGAAGAGCAAAGAAUCAAAUUGCAAAGAAUUUCAACAAUGUGGAGCAUCGAUAUAGAGAAUUAUGGAAGAUAAUUGACACUCGUUGGGAUUUUCAACUUCAUAGGCCACUUCAUGCAGCGGCAUACUACCUUAAUCCUAAGCAAGUGUACCAUUAUGAUCCAAACUUCAAUCCAGACAAAGAAGUUAAAAUUGGAUUGUACAAGGUAAUUGAGAAGAUGUAUCCAGAUGUGGAAACAAGAGUUGAAGUUGAUGCUCAAUUUGACAAGUUUAAAAGAGGAGUAAGAUUAUUUGAAAUGGAUAUGGCCAUAAUAACAAGAGACAAAAACAACCGGCUUUAUGGUGGGACAGCUAUUGAGAAGAGUGCAAAGAGUUGCAAACACUUGCCAUAA